AUGGUUUAUUCUAUUUUCAAAAUGAAUUCAAAAAAAAAUUAUUUAGGCCGUUACAUCAACGCGAAAUCGAUUCCCUCCUACUCUCAAGCGAUUUCCAACCUUUCUUGGUUCAAACACGGUUUCGAAGCGCUCGAAGUCGAUCAAUAGGGCGAUGUGAGUAGUUUUAAAGCCAGAAUGUUGAAGAAAAUGAAUUUUUCAGUACGAGAAUAUUAAUUGCGGCGGCAGUGGCUCAAAAUUGCUCUAUUGUCCGGCGAAAACUAGCGAUGGUGAGGUUCUUUUAUUUUUGUAAAUUUGGAAAAAAAAAAUUAAUGUGCAAACCGAAAAAAAAAAUCUCUCGAGUUUAGACCCCGUAAAGUUCGAAAAUAAUACAGGGUAUACGAAAAAUCAUUAUUUGAAGCUUGCGAAACAGUAAGGAAGAAGUUGAAAAAAAAAAUUCUCAUCUUGAAUCAGGAAGUACUGAAUACUUUCAGCCACACUUCAUCAAAAUUUCAAAAGGGCACAAAAAAUUUAUGUGA